UUUUAGAACAUCCAAAGGAUCUCUCUAGCAAAUCCAACCUUGACAACACCUCCACUACCUUCCCCCAUUUUCUUUUUUAUCUAUUUAAAUCUCUCUCCUCUUUCUCUCUCUUCUUAUCCUCUCUCUUUCUCUCUCCUUCUUCAACGACGAAAAAUAUGGCUUCCUACUUCUCUCCCUUCGCAGACCUAGAAAACAAUGAGCCCCUCCUCCGGGCCCAUAAUGACCCAGUUUCAGCCCAACCGGAACCCGAAAGCCCAACCCAACGGCCCAUUAAGGGAAUCGCGAUACUCAGCUUGUCUUUCAUGCUUAUACUAUCAUUAAUGGCGAUCAUAUAUAACGGGCAGCCUGCCCUUCUGCCCGUAUCAUUGUCGUCGGAGAAUACCGAAACGGCGUCGUCGGAGAAGGUGGGACCAGCGGUUGUUUCUAGAGGGAAAAAAGAAGGCGUGUCGGAGAAGAUUUCAAGAGUAGGAGAAAGUGGUAUUUCGUUUGCGUGGACUAAUGAUAUGUUGAGGUGGCAACGAAGUGGGUUCCAUUUUCAGCCGGAGAAAAAUUGGAUGAAUGAUCCUAAUGGUCCACUGUAUUACAAGGGAUUCUAUCAUCUAUUUUAUCAGUAUAACCCUGAUUCAGCUGUUUGGGGGAACAUUACAUGGGGCCAUGCAAUUUCAACGGACCUGAUUCACUGGAAAUAUCUCCCAAUCUCAAUGAAGCCUGAUCAAUGGUAUGAUAUAAAUGGUGUUUGGACAGGGUCCGCUACGAUCUUGCCAGAUGGCAAAAUCAUGAUGGUCUACACUGGUGACACUGAUAAAUUUGUACAAGUCCAAAAUUUGGCAUACCCUGCUAACUUAUCGGAUCCAUUACUUCUUGAUUGGGUCAAAUACCCGGGUAAUCCUGUUUUGACCCCACCAGAGGGAAUCGGAGCUAAAGAUUUUCGGGAUCCGACGACUGCAUGGGUGGGGCCCGAUGGGAUUUGGAGGCUUAUUAUCGGGUCGAAAACGGGUACAACAGGUAUUUCACUAGUGUACAAGACCAAGGAUUUUAAGACUUAUGAGCUAGAGAGUAACCUCCAUGCAGUUCCGGGUACGGGUAUGUGGGAAUGUGUGGAUUUUUACCCGGUGUCGAUCACGGGUCAAAAUGGGUUGGAUACCUCGGCUUAUGGGUCGGGUAUGAAGCACUUGUUGAAGGCUAGUUUGGAUGAUAAUAAGCAAGAUCAUUAUGCAUUGGGGACUUAUGAUAUGACAACUCAAACUUGGACACCUGAUAACCCGGAUAUGGAUGUGGGUCUUGGGUUGAGAUUGGAUUAUGGUAAAUAUUAUGCGUCUAAGACAUUUUUUGACCAGAAUAAGCAAAGGAGGAUUUUGUGGGGUUGGGUUGGAGAGACAGAUACUGAGGCUGAUGAUUUGUUGAAGGGAUGGGCUUCUUUGCAGACAAUUCCAAGGGUUGUGACCUAUGAUGCAAAGACCGGAACCAACAUACUUCAAUGGCCAGUAAAAGAAGUGGAGUCCUUGAGAACAGACAGCAGAGAAUAUGAUAAUCUUUUGUUACAACCAGGAUCCAUCAUUAACCUUGACAUAACCUCUGGUGCACAGUUGGAUAUAAGUGCUGAAUUUGUGGUGGAUCAAGAGGCGCUGAAAUCAACAGUAGGAGAUGAUGUGAUCAACAAUUGCAGUGCUGCAGCUGUUAGGCAGGCUUUGGGCCCGUUUGGGCUUUUGGUUUUGGCUGAUGAGUCCCUCUCCGAAUUAACUCCUAUUUACUUUUACAUUGCUAAGGCCUCUGAUGGAACUGUUAAAAAUUGGUUUUGCACUGAUCAAUCAAGGUCAUCAAAGGCUUCUAGUGUUGACAAACAAAUAUAUGGAGGACCAGUUCCUGUUCUCGAAGGUGAAAAGUAUAGCAUGCGGUUACUUGUUGAUCAUUCAAUAAUUGAAGCUUUUGGUCAAGGAGGGCGUACAUGCAUAACCUCUAGAAUAUAUCCAACAAAGGCAAUCAACGGAAAUGCCAAGGUUUUCAUCUUCAAUAAUGCUACUGAUUCAAGUGUCACAGCCUCUGUCAAAAUCUGGGAAUUGGACUCAAUUAAUCUUUCUCCCUACAUUUUUUGAUUUGAUUGUUGAAUUUUUUUUUAUUUAUUGAAUUGUAUUAAUAUGAUGUACUAUAUAUUUGUACCAAUUCAAAUUCUAAGGGGAAAGAAAAUGUCUUUCUUUUCUGGGUGGGGGGUGGGGGAGUGUUGUAUUGUUUGAGUCACUUCAUUGUGUUAAUGGUUGAUUUGAGGCCAUGAAAAUAGGAAUAUAGAUUUGAUGAAUAAAUGAGAAUUGUAACAAGGGCAUGAAGAGAAAUGGAACUAUGACAAAUUUAAUGGA